AUGACUGUUAUGAGUAUGUUAUCUUAUUUUGUUCUCUAUACGGUUUCUGCUACUUCUGCUAACUUUGUUGCUCAAGUGAAUAUGAUUUCCAUGCUUAAUGGGUCGAAUUUCAAGCUGUGGAAAGAGCAUGUGGAAAUUUUUUGCGGCUGUAUGGAUUUAUACAAUGCGCUAAGGUUUGAGAAACCUACUUCUACUCCAAAAAAUCCAAAUACGGAUAAGGUUGAGAAGUGGGAACGCUCAAAUCGCAUGUAUCUGAUGAUCAUGAAAUGCUCCGUUCCGAAGGCGUUUAGGGGCUCGAUAGUUGAGACUACUGAUGCCAAGAUGUUUUUGAAGGAACUCGAGCAAUACUUUGCUCGAAAUGAAAAGGCUGAAAUUGGUCAAACCUUGUCCAACCUCAUUAAUAUGAGGUAUAAUGGAAAGAGAAACAUAAGGGAGUACAUUAUGGAAAUGUCUAACCUUGCUGGAAAACUAGAGGCAUUAAAGUUAGAGCUGCCAUGUGAGUUGCUCAUGUACUUAGUUAUAAUAUCUCUUCCUUCACAAUAUGGUCAAUUUGUAGUACCUGUUCAUGACAUUGUUAUGGAACAUGCUUCGAUUCCUGACAUUACUUUGGUUCAAGACAACAAUGAACCACCUCCUUUGCCACAUGAAGAACAAACUCAACAAAUUCAAGAAGUUCCAGUAAGGAGAUCCAUUAGAGAAAGGAGAAACGCAAAUCCAGAUGAUUAUAUUGUAUUUCUUCAAUAG